GCCGCUGAGCCCCGACUGCUGAACUCAGGUUACGGCGGCGCUCGACGGGAUGGUCAUGUCCCUUUUUGAUUGACAGUUGAUCCUGACCCACAUCUCGGAGCGGCUCGAAAGCUGAACGUCCCGGCAGCACCAGUGUCGACACUUUCGCGUCUUCUUUCGGCCUAAACGCGUUUUAACAGCCAGUGAUCCAGAAGCUGCCACAGUCGCCCUGGCUUUCUAUUGGUGGAGGAACUUGGAGAAGAAUCCCUCGGCGGCCGAAGCUGAAGAUCCGCCCCUCCUGCUCUCCUGGUCUGAGUCCUACUGGUCCACCUGGUCUGAGUCCGACAUGGAGCCCCUGGACGCCGCAGGACCCGAGGGUCCCGCCGGACACGGACCCGGGGUCCUGGACUACUCCAGGCUCCAGCUCAGCACCCUGAGCGCGGAGAGCCUUGGGGAGGAGCGGAGGAGCGACACGGUCGAGCUGUACCUCCACCACAACCGGCUGGCCUCCCUGCCCCUCUCCGUCCUCCUCUUCUCCAACCUCCAGUUGCUGGACAUCAGCAACAACGGCCUGUCCGUCCUCAGUGAGGACAUCACCCGGCUGACCAAGCUGAAGACCUUCAUCGCCAAGAACAACCGCCUGGACGAGGCCUCGCUGCCCAAGGAGUUCGGCUCCAUGCAGCUGGAGACGCUGAACUUCAGCGGGAACCGCUUCCUCGAGAUCCCGCUCCAGUGCACCAAGCUGCGACGCCUGCAGUCCCUCUCGAUGGGGGGGAACCGCCUGAGGAGCAUCCCCGCGGAGAUCGAGGACCUCACCAGCCUGGAGCUCCUGUAUCUGGGGGGGAACUUCAUCACCUCCAUCCCGGCGGAGCUGGCCAACCUGCCCUACCUGAGCUACCUGGGGCUGUGCGACAACCGCAUCCAGGGCGUCCCGCCGCAGCUCACCAGGCUCCACUCCCUGCGCUCGCUCAGCCUGCACAACAACCUGCUGACCUACCUGCCGCGCGAGAUCCUCAGCCUGGUGCGGCUGCAGGAGCUCAGUCUCCGCGGCAACCCGCUGGUGGUGCGCUUCGUCAAGGAGAUGACCUACGACCCCCCCUCGCUGCUGGAGCUGGCGGGGCGCACGGUGAAGAGCCGCAACGUGCCGUACUCGCGCUGCGACCUGCCCGCCAACCUGCUGCACUACCUGGACCUGGCCAGCAAGUGCCCCAACCCCAAGUGUGCCGGCGUGUACUUUGACUCGUGCGUGCGCCACAUCAAGUUCGUGGACUUCUGCGGGAAGUACCGCCUGCCCCUGAUGCACUACCUGUGCUCCCCGGAGUGCACGUCGCCCUGCAGCUCCAACCCGCAGAGCGACGCCGAGUCCGAGGACGAGAUCAGCGUGCCCGCGCACCGCCUGCAGAGGGUGCUGCUGGGAUAGCAGCGACGCUCCAGGGGCCGCCCCCUCGGGACCCCACCUUUGUACCGGCCCCCUGCCUAUGCACACAACACUUAGCACCCAGCCCUCGCUGGAACAUAUGCACCCGCAAGGGCCAACCAGAGUGUAGCUCUAUAGAUAUAGAACGGAGAGAAGCGGAAAACAAACAUGGUCCUCCUCAUUUCAUUCACCGGGAUAUCUAUAUCUAUAUCGAUAUAGAUGUAGAUAUAAUAAGCUCAUUUGCUGUACAGGUAAAGGAAUUGUGCUGAGUGCAUCCUUUGGUGUCUUUACAAUCGUCACUCAGUCAAGAGGAGCAGGGAAUCAGGACGACUCGGUCGCUGCAGCAGAUAUUCUGUUUCCCUGACGUCAGGAUGUGCACCACACAGGGCUGCACCCUGGUUCUCAGUAGUCCUGGUCCUCAGUAGUCCUGGUCCUCAGUAGUCCUGGUCCUCAGUAGUCCUGGUCUUCAGUAGUCCUGGUUCUCAGCAGUCCAGGCCUGGUCUUCAGUAGUCCUGGUCUUCAGUAGUCCAGUCCUGGUCUUCAGUAGUCCAGUCCUGGUCUUCAGUAGUCCAGUCCUGGUCUUCAGUAGUCCAGGCCUGGUCCUCAGUUGUCCAGUCCUGGUCUUCAGUAGUCCAGCCCUGGUCUUCAGUAGUCCAGGCCUGGUCCUCAGUAGUCCUGGUCUUCAGUAGUCCAGUCCUGGUCUUCAGUAGUCCAGGCCUGGUCUUCAGUAGUCCAGGCCUGGUCUUCAGUAGUCCAGGCCUGGUCUUCAGUAGUCCAGUCCUGGUCUUCAGUUGUCCGGUCCUGGUCUUCAGUAGACCGGUCCUGGUCUUCAGUAGUCCAGGCCUGGUCUUCAGUAGUCCAGGCCUGGUCUUCAGUAAUCAGCCCCACCAUCCCACUGGUACCUGGGCUUCUGGACUAGACUGGGCGGAGCACCUUCCCAGCACCCCUUACUGGGUGGACAAGGAACCCCAGUCCCACUCUGACGCAGAGCCAGUGGUCCCAGCGGGGCGUGGCCUGGGACGGUCUGUGGUGUAGAGGGCUCUGGGGGACGGUCUGUGGUGUAGAGGGCUCUGGGGGACGGUCUGUGGUGUAGAGGGCUCUGGGGGACGGUCUGUGGUGUAGAGGGCUCUGGGGGACGGUGUGUGGUGUAGAGGGCUCUGGGGGACGGUCUGUGGUGUAGAGGGCUCUGGGGGACGGUCUGUGGUGUAGAGGGCUCUGGGGGACGGUCUGUGGUGUAGAGGGCUCUGGGGGACGGUCUGUGGUGUAGAGGGCUCUGCGUGGCGGGGGACCCUCUGGUGCUCUGCUUCAUCGUCCAGCCUCUCCAAACGGAGCCGAUCGCAUUAGCAACACGUCAUAGGCAUAGAGAGAUGGGAGACCAGGACCCCCCAGGGCCGGUCUGAACCAGGGCCGGUCUGAACCAGGACCCCCCUGGGCCGGUCUGAACCAGGACCCCCCAGGGCCGGUCUGAACCAGGACCCCCCUGGGCCGGUCUGAACCAGGACCCCCCAGGGCCGGUCUGAACCAGGGCCGGUCUGAACCAGGGCCGGUCUGAACCAGGACCCCCCAGGGCCGGUCCAAAGGGGUCCGUUUGAGAGCCCUCGACCAAGGAGGUGAAUCGUACCAGAGGUACAGUGUACCAGAGGUACACUGUACACUGUACCAGAGGUACACUGUACACUGUACCAGCGGUAACCCGUACCAGAGGUAACCCGUACCAGAGGUACAGUGUACCAGAGGUACACAGGGUUACCAGAGGUAACCCUAACCCAGUGUACCAGAGGUACACUGUACCAGCGGUAACCCGUACCAGAGGUACACUGUACCAGAGGUAACCCGUACCAGAGGAACACUGUACCAGCGCUACACCAUACCAGUGUGUGCCUUUUCCCAGAAGCUUGGACCUGAGGCAGCAGCCGGUUGGAGGUCUGUAGGUCCAGAGACAAACACUCUGACACGCCCACACGGUGAGCUCAGCCCGUGAGAGGACCUUUCCAUUGAAGUAGAACGCAUACAUCUUCAGGAAUAGAUGGGGAAAUGGACAAAACAUUAUUUUUAAUAAUUGCCAAACACAAAUUCACCCGUCUUUAGAUGACGGUAAACUGAACCCCACCCGGGUUGAGUCGGGGUUCAGAGAACGCCUUCACGUUACGGAGCAGCGCUGAGACCUGCCUUACUGAUUGUGACUCCUAACAGAAAUGAAACAAUGUGAUAUUUGCACCCUUUAAUGUGAUAUGAUUAACCAUUUAGCGUGAAUAUUGGUUAUCUUUUGUAACAAAUUGUACUGCUUUUAUACAAAUGAGACUCAAGCACAUGUGGAAACGCAAAUAACUUUUUAGCGGUGCCUCUGAAUAGAGGAGGCAUUAUGGUGUGUAUUUAUGGACUAAUGUUUACUCACUGUGUAUAAUGACAAUAAUAAAGAGUGAUUUUAAGGCUUU